AAAUCACAGACGUAUCAAACCAUGACGCCUGGUGCCUGCGUAUGUUCGCUUGCUGACCAUGAAAAAGGAGUCACCUAUCGCCAACGAUACCACGCCUCAAUGAUCAGUAGGUAGCGUCCCUCCGCACCUUCACGCUUCGCUGACCGUGAUUCUAGUUAAAGGAACUAUAAGAAAAUACGACAGUUCAUUUUUCAUUCAUAAUUCCUGUGAAACACAAGCUCGCUAGUGGUGUGGCUAAGUUUAGCAUCCUCAUCUUAGAGUCAGUGAAAGGAUUAACGACAAAAAUCCUGAACAAUGAAUGCUUGGAAAUAUCUUGCGGUGGUUCUUCUCUAUCAGGUGGCGUCCGCACACAUGGGUCGGGAUCAUUCGCGUGCAAGCCAAUGGUAUCAGAGAGCAGUGAAAAUCAAGGACCCAUUUGAUAAGUUUGCAGAGGAAUCCCUAGCUCUGAAUCUCGGUCCACAACUCCGACUGCCUAAACCUGGGGAAAGUGGUUUCAGCCAAUCAGAUUCAGUGUUACCGCCUACCACUGUCCCUCCUACGUUUGAUCCGUUCCUUAAUUAUGACUAUCACUUGGAUUAUCCUUUUGUGACCUCCACCGUGCCUCCCACAGACAACAGCAAGACAACCACGGCCAAAAAAUCACACACCGAUAGCUUGAUGCAGAAGCUUAACUUUGUGGACCCAGUUCAAGGAGACACCCUUUCAGUCACGUUUAAUCCCUUACCAACAAAUGUGUAUCCUGCACAGAAUGGCGCAUUUUUGAACUUCGAAAAAACCAAAUUGUAUCCCGAAUCUUACGGAAACAAACAAAAUAUCGGAAAUUUUAACGAUCCCCACAGUAACAGUCUACACAAUGACCUUCAUUUCUUCACAAAACUGAAGAACGAGAGAAAACGGACUCUAGCAGAGAGACUGGUACAAAAUAUCGAGAAGCCUCUGAAUUUUCGCUCUAAGAAUAACUUUAUGGACCCUCUUUGGCUCUACCUUCUGGCGUCACAGUAACCAAAGCAUUGGACGUCAACAUCUACAAACAAUUAUUUCUGUGAUACGUACGCCGUAUUUAGGCUUUGCCAACAGUGGUUUGUAAAAUGUCUUAGACUAGAUAUAGAGUCCGAGUUUGGAAUAGGCAUUUCCGAUACUUGUUGUUAUAGAGUUGUAGUUCAAUGGCUCCUUAGGAUAUGUUAAACCAUUGCACGCAUUUGACAAUAUUUUAUAUGUUUGUUAUUUGUUGAUAUUUUAUUUGACAAAGUAUAUCGUGUUUAUUGGUGUUUUUGUUUAUUAAACAGAAGUAAAUACGA